AUGGAAAAAGCCCAAUUGGACAAAAACGCAACGCUCGACUACCUAUGGACACCGAAAAAACAUAGACCAGUCAAACCAAACCUAUACCCCACCACAACACUGACCGUCCACAUUUGGUCUACAUUUCUAGAUACAGUAGGGGCCAAAGAAAAAUUCCACCCCAACGCACCUCUAACCGCCUUAAGAGCCAUAUCACCAGACAUGCGUCUACAGACUUGGGCACAUGCAGGCAUUAGACAUAUUCACCAGAUAAUGCAAUCGCAAGAAAUAUUACCCUUCACAGACAUACAAACGAAAUGGGAAUUGCCAACAAACGCUAUUUUCACAUACUUACAACUAAAAGGGAUCAUCAACACACAUGUAAACAAGCAACAACAAUCCCCUGAACAGAGCCCCCUUCCAUCAAAG